AUGUCUGAGAGCGAGCGACGACUGAGGGAUUCCACCACUGAUUCAGACAUGCCUGUAGAGUCGUCUGGAUCGGAAGCCCCGGGACCUUCCAACGACAGCGUUCAGCCGAUCAGUAGAUCGAGAAGACGGCGACGGCCUGCCAACUCAGACAAGGAAGCCAGAAAACAAUCCUUUUAUUUUGUCGACUCAAACUCAUCUUCCAAAGAAAAGCGCGCUCAUGUCAUGCGCCACCAUGUUCAAGAAAAGAAAAAGCAGCAAAAAACAUCGCAUAAAUCAAUACCUGCCGACCAAAUUCCAGAAUCAGUGUCCCACUUAGGAAGGGACGGAUAUGACGAGGACGACAGGAAAGAAGCGGUACUGCUCUUGACCAGCGCACCAGAACCAGUGCCUGGAGCCUCAGCCGGCCAGGACUCUUUAUCUUCGCAACCGAUCCGAUUUGCAAUGAUAAAACCUUAUUCACAACAAAAUAUGAAACUACCACUUGAUUCGCCGAUGACAGUGCUAGAUCAAUCUCGAAAUGACCCAUUCUCCAGCCUACCUAUGGCCCAAGAUCCAGAAAAUCUGGAGUUGAUGAGCUGCUGGAACAACUUAACUUACUGGUCUGGAGAGAAUACGUACGUUAAAGACGCUCUUUUCAAAACGGCCAUGGCACACCCAAUUUCGUUCCAGGCAACCAUCCUAACCUACUGUGCCCGUUGGAAGGCCCGACAUGAUGGUUUAUCAGAUAGCAAGCAAGUUCGGCGACAUGUCCACCAAGCACAACGAAACAUUCAAGAUGCCAUAGCAGGCUCUCUCCAUGUGCCAGAGGAUGCGCUGGCCAUGGCUAUGACCGGGAUGGCCCUCCAAGAAGAAAGAUUCGGGAGUGUAGAUAUAAGUCAAUCCUACUUAAGUCAGGCAAUGCAGAUCAUGCGCCCGCGACCGGGCAGCAAUCCGCCGGUAGAGUCGUUCGUGCAAUACGUGGGAUACAUGUUGCCAUCGCAACCUAUGGUGGCCAAAGUAUCCGAUCAAAAGAGACUGGUCACAUUUCUGCGGAGAGCGGAAGAUCUGACGCAAGAGCACAGCUCCCCAGCUUAUCUGUUAAAGUCGCCCCAACGAACCCAAAUCUUCCAAUUGGGAAGUCCCCUUUUCCCUUUACUCUCCAGUGGGCCACGACCAUCGCAGAUCCCGCAGGAAUCACGAGUAUACGUUGUUCGUGGUUCUCAAGACCAGGAAGUCAUCCGGACAGCCUCAUUGAUCCUGGUCACUCUGGGACUAUUGGAUCUUCAAGACUCGAUCGAGAAGACCAAUCGGUUCUUAGGCUACUUGAAUGGUAUUGUGGCGCAGCAACAGCUCGACCGAUACCCGGCGUGCGAAACUUUAAUGUGGCUGUUACUUGAACAACGCUGUGACAGCGAUUUACGAAACCCAGAACGACCUUGGAUCGCCGGGGAGUUCCUGCAAACAUUGAAGCAGCUACAGAGUGACCUACUGUUCCAAUUUAAUGAGAUAUUGAUGGAUUUUCUAACCUUACGCCCUCGUAUUCGAGGGCUUGGUACAUUUGAGGAGAAACUUGAGCAAUAUCAAGCCCGGCAAAACAACAAAUGA